AUGUCUAUCAACAAGGCCUGCUGCUCGAUCCCCCCCGUCGUCGCCAAGGGCUACCAGCCCAAGGGUGAAUACAAGACCCUCGGAGGCUUGAAGACCUACGUGACCGGCCCGGAGUCAGCCUCCAAAGCCAUCCUCGUCAUCUACGACAUCUUCGGCUUCUUCCCCCAAACCCUGCAAGGCGCCGACAUUCUCGCCCACAGCAGCAACCAGAAAUACCGCGUCUUCAUCCCCGACUUCUUUGAAGGCGACCCCGCCGACAUCACCUGGUUCCCCCCGCAGACGGACGAGCACAAGCAGAAGCUGGGUCACUUCUUCCAAACCAAAGCCGCGCCGCCCAACACCCUGCCCAAGAUCCCGGGCGUCGUGAGCGCGGCCAACACCCUCGCCCCUGGGGGCGCGCAGUUCGAGUCCUGGUCGAUUCUGGGGUACUGCUGGGGCGGCAAGAUCGCGACGCUGGCGACGGGCGCGGAGAACUACCUCUUCAAGGCGGCCGUGCAGUGCCACCCGGCCAUGCUGGACCCCGAGGACGCCAAGAAGGUGACCGUGCCCAUGGCGGUGCUGGCGUCCAAGGAUGAGAAGCCCGAGGACGUGGAGAAGUUCGGCCAGAAUUUGGGGCAGCCGGGGUAUGUAGAGACCUUCACGGGGCAGAUCCAUGGGUGGAUGGCCGCGCGGUCGAACCUUGAAGAUGAGGAGGUCCGGAAGGAGUAUGAGCGGGGAUAUAAGACUGCGUUGGGAUUCUUGGAGAAGUAUGCUUAG